AGGUAACGUGCUACGUCCUAAACACGUACACCUUUACGUCUUCAACACGUGACACUUACAGAAUUUCGAGAAGGUAGCAUGCUACGUUGUAAAACAUGUACAACUUUCAAGACUCGUGACAUUCUGUACGACCCACACGGUAGAACUUGGCCACUCCACCAGUGGUGUCCUUCAAACCGUCAAGGACAAUCUCCUCCCGGGGGUCGAUUCCCUAUCCCCCCUGACUCACCCUUCCUGCAGCCCGCAGUGAGCUUCGCAGCAGCCAUCGUCAACAGGGAGUGCAACUGCGUCAUGUGUCAGACCAUCGUCGUCGUCACCAACGCCACCGAGCAGUUUGAGUCGGGAGUAAUGUACAACUUCUUGAUGGAAAUGGCCGACUCCAACACCUGCCUGGUUGUAGACUGCCUUUACAACGUGUCGUCUGCCGCAUGUCCUCCCGACCCUCUGGCACCUACGUACUGGUGCAAUGCCACGGUGUAUGCACGGCCAUGGGAGAACCCGCCAUACAUUCUGGAGGGUCUGAGUUGCUGAGGCUGUUCGCAGAAAUUGCAGGAAUCCUUUCACGACUGAAGGGCGCUUUCUUUUCUUUUUUUUUUUUUGUCUGUUAGACUAGAUCAGACUGAUCGAAUUUGUUGUCGCAACAUAUGUCAAGUUGAAGUGGUUUAAACUCAACGCAAUUUUUUCUAUUUAUUUUGAUAUUAUAUUUACUUUGUAAGUGUAGCUUUUAAAACAUCUCUCGUGUCAUGCCAGAGAUGGUUAUAUCCUGACCGUUGACUACUUUGUUGUACACAGUGUCAUGCAUGUCUUUCAGCGGGUACUUUAACCAUCGAGGUCGACGACCAGUAGCGUCUCAUUGUCUGUUAGUCAGACAGUUUCUACAGUUCUGAUGUCAGAUAUGCACAGUUAAACAAUUGUCGAAAAUUCGAAAUUUAGGUUGCACACCAUUAAAUAAUGAAACUUAAGAUUCAUGGUUUAUUGAACAUGGAAGAGUUUAUUUUUUGUUUAAAAAGAUAACACGAAAAAAUACCACAGCACUUUGCGAAUAGUCGGCAAAAAAAUAUGCUUGUAGUUCAGAACGGAUGGCACUAGUAUCAGUAUUACGUACGUACAGUUUACAGUUUCACUUAGAAGCUACAGCAGACGAAGUUAUGUCAGUGGUAGGGAUUGUGGAAUUAGUACUUCUACCUGACAACACUUCAAAGAAGACUGAAACCAACAACAACAAGAAAAAAAGAAAAAAAAAACCCCACGAAAUAAAACAAAGCAAAAAAAAAAAAAAAAAAAAAAAAAAAA